GAAUCACUACAACAAAAUCAUGUGUCUUAUCUCAUAAACCAAAAAAAACUUGGUCUCUUCACAAUCAAUUUCGAUCCACGAGAACCCAAUUCUUGAACUCUAUCAUAAGUUUGUUUUGAAGCUCUUCUUCAAUGCUGAUGGGAAGUAAGUGUUAACCAGGAAACAUGAUGAGCUUCAAGGACUGGGUCCUGUCACAGUUGAUAACCAAGUCAGUAGCCUCGUCAAGACCACUUUUAGCAUCAGAUAACUUUUUAUCAGAGGAGCAUCCUGAUCAAGGGUUUGACCACCCAGCUCACACUGCUGAUUUGGUUACAACAACUAGAAUAGACAAUACAAUACAAUCUUCCAAUGAUAAUCAAGAGCAUACAGAGAAUACAAAUAAUUUUCAUUCACAACAACGGAUGGGCGAAGAUUCUUUUCAGUCGGAUUUUAGGGUUGAUGAGAAACCUAGUCCAGUGGUAAAGAUUGAAGCCCUUCAGAUUACAUUCUUGCGCCUUCUUAAACGUUUUGGCCUGUCCGAGGACAACCUUCUGGUAUCAAAGGUCUUAUACCGGAUCCAGCUGGCAUCACUGAUACGGGCUAGAGAAUCGGAUUUAAAAAGGGCAAAUCUUAAAAUUGAGAGAGCCCGUGUAAUAGCAGCAGAACAAGAAGCUGCUGGCCGACCACAACUGGAUUUCUCAUUUAAGAUCCUUGUACUGGGUAGAACUGGAGUUGGCAAAAGUUCAACCAUAAAUUCCAUUUUUGACCAAUCAAGAGCAGCAACCAACGCGUUCAAGCCUGCUACUGACCAUAUUCAAGAGAUUGUGGGAACGGUAAAUGGCAUCAGAGUAUCGUUUAUUGACACUCCUGGUUUAUUGCCUCCCUCACCCAGUAAUAUCCGAAAAAACAAGAAGAUAUUGCAUUCUGUGAAACGAUAUUUAAGGAAACAAACGCCUGAUAUGGUACUGUAUUUUGAGCGCUUGGAUUUGAUCAACACGGGCUACAGUGAUUUCCCCUUGUUGAAGCUUAUAACGGAAGUCUUUGGUCCUGCAAUUUGGUUUAAUACUAUCCUUGUCAUGACUCAUUCUUCCUUCAAUCUUCGCGAAGGAACAAACGGAUAUCCUGUUAACUAUGAAUCUUUUGUCACCACCUGCACAGAUUUGGUCCAACAUUAUAUUCACCAGGCAGUCUCUGACACUAAGCUUGAAAAUCCUGUAAUUUUGGUGGAGAAUGAUCCCAAUUGUAAGACCAAUAAUGCUGGAGAGAAGAUUCUCCCUAAUGGGCAGGUGUGGAAGUCUCAGUUAUUAUUGUUGUGCAUAUGCACCAAAGUUCUAAGUGAUGUUAAUACCCUAUUGGACUUUGAAGACAGCCUAAAGGUGGGGCCAUCAAAUGUAGGACGAUUGCCUUCUCUUCCGCAUCUUCUCUCAUCCUUUCUAAAGCAUCGUGCCCAGAUAAGACACAGCGGAGCUGAGAAUGAAAUUGAUGAGGUUUCUCUUUUAGUCUCAGAUGAUGAAGACGACGAAUAUGAUCAGUUACCUCCUAUUCGGAUACUGACCAAGUCUCAGUUUGGAAGGUUGAGUGGUUCCCAAAAGAAGGAUUAUCUUGACGAACUAGACUACCGAGAAACCCUCUAUUUGAAAAAACAACUGAUAGAAGAAGCUCGUCGACAAAGAGAAAAGAGAGUUUCUUCAAGUGAGGGUAAAGCAGCCCCGGAUGAUGAGUCUGAUAACCAGCAGGAGGGCCCUCCAGAGCCAGUUCUCUUGCCAGAUAUGGCUAUUCCUCCAAGCUUUGAUUCAGAUUGCCCUAUCCACAGAUACAGGUGUCUCAUCACCAGUGAACAGUGGCUUGCAAGACCAGUCCUUGAUCCCAAUGGAUGGGACCAUGAUGUGAGCUUUGAUGGAAUUAACCUCGAGAGCAGUGCAGAAAUAAGAAAAAACAUAUUUGCCUCGGUUAAUGGACAAAUGAGCAAGGACAAACAAGACUUCAGUAUUCAAUCUGAGUUUGCUGCAGCUUUCACCAAUCCAGGUGGGCCCACUUAUGCGGUUGGUCUUGAUGUUCAAUCUGCCAAUAAAGAACUGAUCUGCACUAUCCACAGUAAUGCAAAGGUAAGAAAUUUAAGAACUAAUGUCACUGAAUGCGGUAUUUCUGUAAUACCAUUCGGGGAUAAGUAUUUUCUUGGUGCCAAAUGUGAAGACAGUUUUACAAUUGGAAAGAGACUGAAGUUUAAUGUGAAUGCUGGUCGGAUGGGGGGUGCUGGGCAAGCAGCCUAUGGCGGGAGCUUUGUAGCUACUUUAAGAGGAAGGGAUUAUCCAGUGAGAAACGAAAGUCUGAGUCUCUCGAUGACAGUUCUCUCUCUCAACAAAGAAAUGGUGUUGAGCGGAAACUUACAAACUGACUUCAGAGUGAGCCGAGGUACAAACAUGUCAGUGAGUGCAAACCUCAAUAACCGAAAGAUGGGCCAGGUUUCCAUCAAGACAAGCAGCUCUGAGCGCAUGGAAAUUGCUUUUAUCGCACUUUUCUCCAUUGCAAGAGCCCUGCUGCGCAGAAAGAGAAAUGACCAACUUAUUGAAGACUCUCUGGAAGCGAGAUGAACUUUUCUUUUCGAUUCAAAGUAGGCCACUAAAUUUUUCCUUAGGUGCCAGCCUCUCUAGGCUUUCAAGAAGUAUGUCAAGAAAUGUAGUAGCUACCGAAGAGUUUGAUUUCCACAUUAUGGUAUUUUCCGUGAAGCAGUAUGGCAACAAGCAAAGGUUGAUAUGUUUUCGUUGUCGUUUGAUCAAUUUUAUCAAAUCCAGGAUAGGUAAAAAGACACUCUUUUUUUGGUGUCUGGUAAAGUUGAGAUGACUGUAGUAGUUUUGUAUCUGAGUAAUAAUUGUAUAGUAGAGUAACUUAGAAGAGCAUACAAAAGUUUUCUGCAGAUCUUGUAAUAAUUAGCUUGAAAAAAGCUAGCAGGAUCCUAGUUGUGAUGCCAGAAGGAUGAUCUUUUUUCAAUGCAUUUUCUAGUAUUAGAUGAUUUAUUGU